AUGCGAGAUGUGGCAGAUCUCAGCGGUCGUGAUGGUGACUUAGUCUUAUUAGAAUACUCCGAAGAGCAUCCACCAUUACUCUGCCAGCCCGGUAUGGCCUCGAAAAUUAAGAACUACUAUAAAAAGAAGCCCGGAAAAGAUGUUGAUCCUGACUUCGAGUUUGGUGAUAUGGCAUACCUUCAUACCGUUCCGUUUCUCGGUCAGCUGCAACCUGGACAGGCGAUGCAGUCAAUUGAGAAUAACUUGUUCCGAGCGCCUAUUUAUCGCCAUGCACCUCAGCAUACUGACUAUCUUCUUAUACGGAAUCGUAAUGGAUGGUUCAUUAGACCGUGCCCUCCCCCUUUCUUGGUAGGACAACAGUGUCCUCUGUACGAAGUACCUAGUCCAAACUCCAAAAGAGCUACGAUAUUCGUUCGAGAUUUUCUACUGGCAUUUAUCUAUCGGCUCUUUUGGGCUAGUGAACAUCGGCCUCGUCGGUUGAAAAUGGAUGACAUCAAAGCUGCGUUUCCUCACUACGCAGAGAGUAGUGUGCGGAAACGCUUGAAGCAAUGCUCCGAUUUCAAGCGCUUAGGAACUGGGCCGGACCAAAAUUACUGGGUGCUGCGGCCGGAAUUCCGUCUGCCAAGCAAGGAAGAGGUGCUGGCGAUGGUUACACCUGAAAUGUGCUGUGCCCAGUACAGUAUGCUUGCUGCGGAACAGAGGCUGAAGGACGCGGGUUAUGGAGAGAAGUACUUCUUCACUCCAGAAAAUGAAGAUGAUUCCGACGACCAAGUGACGAUCGAGGACGAGAUAAAAUGCGCUCCAUGGAACACAACGAGAGCUUUUCUAUCAUCCAUGCGUGGGAAAUGUCUUCUGGAUCAAACAGGAAUCGCUGAUCCAACGGGGUGUGGACAAGGAUUCAGUUAUGUGCGAGUAUCUCAAAAACCUCAAAAAGAUGAUACGCCUGCGAUGCCAAAACGUCUUGUUACGGGUACAAAUGCAGAUCUCAGGAAAUUACCCCUCAAAGAAGCAAAAGAAAUUUGUCGAGAUUAUGGUGUACGAGAGGAGGAGAUUAAUGCGCUUUCUCGAUGGGAAAUUAUAGAUGUCAUUAGAACACUGUCAACGCAGGCUGCAAAGGCAAAAGCGGACUCGUCGGGAGAUCAUGGAAAUGUUUCUGGCAUGGCGCGAUUUGCUCGAGGAAAUAUUCGCUUCAACUUUGCUGAUAUGCAAGAGAAGUACAAAAAGCACUGCCAGCACAUUUUUGACCUUCAGAACCAAACUCUCGCGAAUCCAGAAGCGUUAUCGACAGAUGAGGGAAGCUCUGGUGAAGACUCCGAUAAUGAAGAGUUAGCAACUAGGCUUGAGACUAUGCUACAGGCAAAUAAAGGCAAGAAGCACAUAUCAAUGUCGGAGCGAGCUCGAAUGGAGUUUGAAAAUGAGGAAAAAGAGCGGCAGGAUCUGAAGCGGAUGGUUCAUGGUGAUGCAACAAAUAAAACUGAGAAAGAUAAGAAAGAGGCAACUGCGGAAGAGAAGAAAAAUGUCUCGAAAAUUGGCGAAGAUUUGGCUGCAUCGGCGUCUAAAAUAUCUGGCAUCACAGCUAACCAAAAACUGAAAAUCUACCGAACGAUGAAGAAUCCGGACGGCACGGAAUCGACACGAGUGGAGGUGGUUACCCGGCCGCAACUUAUCGAAGCCUACACUCGAAUUCGAAUGACAAAGGAUGAGAAUUUCAUUGAGGUGUACGCUCAGAUGGAUGAACAGUUCAAGGAGGAAAGAAGAAAACAGAAGCGUCGUCUCCAAGAUCAGUUGCGGCGGAUUCGAAGAAACGAGGAAAAAGGAAAGACUGGGCAUCCGCAACAGCGAGUUGUCGAGAAGAAGCCGAUCCCGAUCAAGCCAAACUUGCAAAAAAUGCGCUGUUCCGCUUGUCAUGGUACGGGUCAUAUGAAGACCAACAAGAAUUGUCCGUUGUAUGGCAAGGAUCCUUUGAAGACUCCUGGAAAGGAAACAGUGGUGUGUUUGAGAUUUAGGCUUCGAUAA